AUGAUCAUUCUUUUCUUGACUGGCCUCUUCUUCGCCUGGUUCGCCUGUGCUGCUCAGGUACCUCGUCUUGUGACAGUAAAUAUCAACAAGGCAAAUAUGACAAUGACUGCUACCGCGAUUCAAUCCGGGGCUAUUCUCGGCAGGCAAUUACGAGACCCGAACAUCUGCGGCUAUGUUGCGAACAAGCCACUCGCAUGCCCAAACAACGGCUCUUGCAGGACCGACAAGGACGGCUUCAUCGGAUGCUGCGAUGAGAAAGGCCAGAGCUGUUCAAUCUACACUACAUGCUUUCCUGGGCCGCAGAAGCCCACACCAGCGAACUCAGGUACUUUGAUAUGCACGGGAACAGACAGUUUCUGCGCAACACUCACCUGGCCUGGAGGCAAGCAGACGGCCUUCUCUUGUGCCACAUCACCGACGACGGCGCAACUAGACCCCACACGGACAUCAACACGCACUCAGGGAACCUCACGGACAACCUCUAGUCUAUUGCCUUCGACGGAGGCGUCCUUUACUGCGUCUUUCACUUCCUCUGCUGUCAGCCAUACCUCACGGCCAACCGGCGCUCCGUCGACACUCUCUUCGCUGAUCACUACUAUUUUCCCACCCACCAAGACUUCAGGUACAUCUCCAGAUAGUCCUCCGACCACUGAUUUUACAACCGAAACAUCUCCUCCGUCAUACAGCCCACCUCCAGAAGCAACCCCGUCUACAUCGGACAAGCCGCCAGCGCCGCCACCCGGAAGCGGCAUAAUGCAAGGUAAUACUACUUUCUACCAGCGUGCCUCGUAUGAAAAUUUGCACUGA